UCAAGUAAUUUUCACAAAAAAAUGGACGCAAUAUUGAAAUGUGAGUAUUGCCAAGAGUUGUUUGGAAGAACGGGAAAUCGGGAGCCCAAGAUGCUUCCGUGUCAGCACACGUUUUGUAAAAGAUGCGUCAAUAAAUUUGUGGAUUCAGAAGGAACUGUUUGCCCAACUUGUCAGGUGACUCAUACCGACAUAACGAGUCCACAGAGCAACUCCAUCAAGAAUAACCUCGCCAUCUUUCGUAUACUCAACGCUAAACGUGCUGGACAGGUUGAAGUUGAAGAUGACGAAAACAGAAGCCUGUUCUCAUAUGGUGGAGAAAUCGUGAAAAUCUACAUAAUCAACGUCUUGCUUUGGGCUGUUCGUACAGUAAACCAUACGGCACCUUUCUCUCUUCAGUUCAGAUACAAAUCCGUGGGGGAUUUCGUUUGGGAAAUGGCAAAAAUGCCGGUCGCGGUUUUCUUAAAAUCAGAAAUGCACCAAGACGAGAUCGAAUACGGUUACUUAUUCUGGGGGCUAGCGAUUGUGAUUGUGGCUGUAGUAAACUACACGUGGCCUACUGUACAGAAAGCAGCGUUAUACCUGUUACGUGCACCCGUAUGGAAAGCCGGCUUAACUGCCCUACUGAUUUCGAUUCCCUUCGUGUUACAAUCCCCAGCCUUUAGAAGCAGGGUUGCAACACUAUUUCCAAAGUAGUCUCCCUCGAUUAUUUCCGCAAAUUUCUUCGUUUUUUUUUAAUCAGUAAUCAGUAAUUAGGCUUUUA